CUCGCUCCUAUUGGCUGGCUGGGCUCGGUGGACGAAAUUGAAAUAAACGUUUGAGUCUCUCUCUGCUGAUUGUUUGCCGACCCUUCAAUGAACAUUGUUUUUUAAAGCUGCCAGCUCAAAGUCCUGCCUCGUUAACAGCUACUGGAAUAUUUGUUGUCAGCGUUAAAGAUGGGGGACCACGUUGAGGUGCAGAUCACCCCAGAGACUCCAGGCAGACCCUCCAUUAGAAACCCAUUUGAAAGCCCCAAUGACUACCACCACCUCCGUGAAGCCCUGGUGCCAAGCCCAUCUGUCUUCAAAUCCAAGCCGUGUAAAGCUACACCUCCCAAGUUUAAUUGGUCCAUAGAUGAAAUGGCCAGUCUUCUCCCAGUGCACAUAGACCCGGAGGAAAUCCAGCGGCAGUCUUUUUACCUCAGCCAAACAAGGAUGGAUUCUGACAUUGAGGAAAAGCGACAGAAUGCUAUUGAGCAGUUUUUCACCAAAGGAGCCAUCGUGCCUUCCCCCUGGGCUGCACCAGACGCCCGUAAAGGCCCUCAGAUCUCUAUGAAAAGUUGUAUGUCUGCCAUGAUUGCAGAGGAGCCAGAAAAGAUCUCAGUUGCUUGUCAGACAACUCUUUCAUUACCUUUGGCUUUUGAUUUGGAGAAAGUACUAGGGGAUUAUUACCGCCAUGAGGAAGCGUGUGACGCUGUGCAGGAGAGUCUCAGUUCCUCUUCCUUAAGACGAAAGCUUUUCCUUGAUGGCCGCGGCAGUUACAGCGGCUCUGACAGCUCCAGCCCACCAAGCCCAGAGAGAGGCCAUGCCAGGCAGGAGAGGCCUUCUCUAACCCAAAAAGAGGGAGCUGUAGAAGGGGUUGAAGCUAUCUCCUCUAUCUUCUCCUCCCCUUUGUCCUGCGGCGCGUUGGCUCCAACUCCUUCUACGGGUCAGUUCUCAUCCAGUCCCAUCCAGCAUGGCUGCUUCCGGGAUUGCAGCCUUGGCAGCAUCGCCAGCCCUCUGUUCCCUGAUAGGUCGUCUCCUGCUGGCCUCGUUUCCCCCACAAUCUCUCCAAUUGCUCGCACACCCAUAAGCUCAGCUGAGAGGAAGCAGCCGAGCAAUCUGACUCCGCACGGCGUCCCCCUGGACAUAGAUGUCACCUCCUGCAAUGAGAGCCCAUUUGUCGAGGGUUGCUCUCCCAUUCGUAGCUGCUCCCCACACCAGCUCCACUGUCACAACGAACCCCAGCACAAUGCCCGACCCAAGCCACGGCCCAGAGUUCGCUGCUGGGCCUCUCCUCCCCUCAUCUCCCCAAUCCUCAACCCUAGACUCCAAGACAAUCAAGAGGCAGAGGAACAACACCCCUGCUCUUCCUCCUCCUCCUCUUCUUCUUCCUCUUCUUCUCUCCCCCCUAUGGAGCUAGAUCCAGCUUCACCCAUGGUCCGCAACGCUCACCCCGCUGACGCUGGGAGAGUCAGCCUGGAUGUUAUGGACCCUGUGAAAAUGGACGAGGACACAGGGGUAGAAGGGAGAUUGGAGGAUGAGGAGGAGGAGGAAGAGGAGGAAGUUGGAGUGCUUUCAGGACAGCUGACCAGCUCUCGUAUGGGCAAUGUGUCAGCAACAGAAAGCUCUCAGAUGUUUGUAUCUCUUUUUGCAGAGGGGAGCAGCAUACGCUACGAUUCCAGCAUGCAGGUGGACAGCGGGUACAACACUACCUCAGCAGGAACCGCCAGUCUUAUCGAUGGCCUUAGCUCAGACUGUCACAGCAAAGAGUCUUUCAAUUCAAACCUGGCAGACGAAGCCUUCCAAGUCACCCGGCACAAUAAAGCAAAGGUGUUUUAUCCACACCACUGAGCCUGAUCUGAAUGAAUUCAAAGGGAUGCCUCCUCCAGUGAAAGCUGAAGAUGAUCAUUUUGCAAUGAAAUACGUUUACACUAAGUUUGAAGCAUUUAUGUCGAAACCGUUUGGUUAGAGUGAAUGGGGUUGAAUGUUUGAGGACGUGUUAACAGAACUGAGGUCUCACAAGUGGUUAUUAGUUGUUGUCGUUUUUGUUUUUUAAGGGUUUAAGUUCAAGUUGCUUGAUUGUAAAGCAAGUGGUUUACUGCAGUAUGAUUUAUCACAGGUUAGAAGGGAGAAGACAAACUAAUAGCUUUAUCAUGCCUCACAGUAAGACACUGAGAAGCUAUAAGUCAACAGUUCUUUUGUACCCGGUGUAUACUGGUGUGAUAAGGGGAGAAAAAAAGAGUAAAUUCUAUAUUAAUCUUGCACAACAUUAACCUCCUUGAAUGCUGUAUUGAUGCUAAUGCUAUCAUUUUGAUUUUAUUUGGUGCCGACACGAUCGACUGAAUAGAUCCUGCCGUUCAGAUGACAUCAGAUUUGUACUGUAUUUAUGUUUUUAUAAAACCGUUUUAUCAUGAUAUUUUUAUAUGAUGAGAACUUCCUUUUUAU